AAAUAGAAUAAUGUUAUGAAAAUAAAUAUACUAAACAAUCAAGUGUUACAAAUUCAACAUACAAAAAAAAAUCUAAUAAAAAUAUAAUAAAUAUUUAUUAUAUUUUUCAAUAUUUUUUAUUAUAUAAAUAAUUUUUUUAAUAUAUAUAAAUGUAAUUGGAUUGGAUCGGUUUUUAAUUGGAUUUUGAGAUUGACAUCCAAUAACCGAUCCAAUCCAAUUAGAAUCCAACUUUUAGCAUCCAAUCCAAUCCAAUUGUAAUUGGAUAUCCAAUUUUUUGUAAUUGGAUUGGAUUGGAUCGAUUCGGUUCAAUUGGAUUGGAUUGGAUGAUGCCCACCCCUAGAUGUGGUGGACCAUUCUAAUUUGGUAUGUCUUCUUUUUUUAUAUAUAUAUUUUUUGGUUGUUUUGUUUAAUUUAAUAGUUUUGUUUUUUUUUUUUAAUUUUCAUUUAACUGUAUUGUGUUUUAUGUUUUUUUAGGAUAAAAUUUGUGAACCUAGUGUUGUUGAUGAUCCGAAGCUUGUUAAUGUUGCCAAGAAAGUCAAGAAGAAACCGGUUUCCAAAUCGCUUGGCAAGAAGAAGGGCGAGGCUCCUUCUGUUGACGGUCCUUUGGUAAUUUUUAUUUUUUUAAGAAACCGGUUUUUCAAUUUGUUAUUUUGCAUGUUUCAGGUUUUCUAUUUACAGUUUUAUUUUGAAUCUAUUUUUUAUAAUAUAUAUGUUUUUAUUUUCAGUUUUUAGUUUUUAUCUUUGUGGUGGGUAACCAGUUUUUGAUUUUUUUUUUUUUUUCUUUGUGUAUUUUUAAUUUCGAUUGUUUAUGUUGUUUUUUCUCUCACAGGAAUAUUAUUUUAAAAUUGAUGAUAAGAAGAGGUUUGCUGGGAAACCUCAACUCUACAAUCCUUAUAAUGUCAUUGAUGAUAACAAUGAGAACCUGUCAGAUGAUCAGAAGGAGUUGUUUCGCAAGUUUCCAUUUGGGAAUUUUCUUGAUGUGAGCAACUUUAACUAUCAGCUACAGCUGAUUCAUCUCGUUCUUUUGCGGCAGAUUCACACCGAAAGAGCUGAUGUCGAGCUUUGGUUCAAACUGGGAGACAAGGCUGUUUGUUUCGGAAUUGAAGAGUUUUCCAUAAUAACCGGUUUGGAUUGUACUAAAUCCUAUGAUGUUGAUCUCUUCAAAUCAAAGAAGUUGCUUGCUUACAAGGAGGGUAUUUUUUGCAUGCAUGGGCUUACUGAGAAGCUUACGGUGAAGGAAGUUGCUAGUGUUUUCUUCAGUGGUGCAUUGAAAGAUGACGAAGAUUAUGUGAAGAUAGCCCUUUUAUACUUCUUUGCUGGUUAUUUGUAUGGUUAUCCCCAAGGGAAAAAGAUUGACAACUUCAUAUUUGCUAUGGUUAAUGGGGAUGAUUACAUUGAAGUUUUUAAUCGGUUUGGAUGGGGAAAAUUAUUGUGGGAAAAGACUUUUCAUCACUUGAAGAUUGCAUUAAAAGAUGGGAACAACACCUUUGAACAGCUUGCUAAGAAGAAGAUGAUUAAGAAGGGUUACAAGCUUAAAGGCUUUCCUAUUGCAUUUCUUAUUUGGUUGUACGAGAUUAUCCCGUCUUUGUCUCCUCGAUUUUGCAAAAGAAUCAGCAACAAGAUUCCUCACGUUCUGAAUUGGGAGAAUAGCCCUACAAUGGAGUUUAGUGAGUUGAUUCAGGGUGUGUUCAACAAUCCGAAGAUUGCUGUAAAGGAUUUUGUUGCUUUGAGUGGUGAAAAAUCUCAAAGUCUUUUUUCUAAAUUCAAGUUUCAUCCUAAAUAUGUUCCAAAGAGGAUUGGUGGCGCUGUGUCUUUUGAUGAAGUAAAUGAUGAGGUCAAGGUAUCUCAUGGAAAGUUGGACCAGAUUUGUGUUGAAAUUACUUCUAUCAAAGAGUGCCAACAACAAAUUAAGGAUGGUAUUUCCAGCUUGAGGAUUGAGUUUUUGAGUGAGUUUGCUAAAUUAGCAGAAAUUAUCAAUGGAUUGAAGAAGAAGGAGAAUGAUGGAAGUUCUAAGGACUCUGAAUUUUUUUCAUCCCCUAUAAGAGAGGCAUACUAUCAGGAUAUAUCGGAUGAUGGUGGUGGGUUACAGUUGUCCGUUCAUAUUGUUCAAGCUGAGGAGGAAAAGGACACUUUGAAUUUUGAAAAUAUGUUUAUCGAUCCUGAUUUUCUUAAGGGUGUGGUUGAUAGCACUGUUAAGAGUGCUUUGAAGAAAGACGAUGUUUCGUUUCAUGAUGAUAGUGAUAAGUUGAGUUUGGUUUUGUACGAUGAAUCGUAUUUUGACUAUGGAGUGUUUGUCAUCAAAUUUGCUGAAUUUUUCAUUCGUGGAAAAAUUGAUGACAUUCCAGCUAAGAUGUCUGAUUUGGUAGCAGUAUAUAGAGAUGAUCUUGUUGUGAGUUUGUUUAUUCAUGCUAGGAGGAAAGAAAUUGGUAGUUAUAUAACUGGUGAUGAAGUGUUGAAAAAGGGGAAGAAAUCAAAGGAUAAUGCAAGUUUUAAGGCAAAGGUCAAAGGGAAGGAUAUUCCAAAGGGAAAGGGCAAAGCGAAAUGA